AUGAAGGGUACCGUCGCCUCCAUGGCUACGGCCAUCACUCUCGGCGCAUCCACUGUCCUCGGUGCUGCCACCAACCUCCAGGCCCGCGACAGCAAGAUCACCCCCAUCAAAGUUAAGGGUAACGCCUUCUUCAAGGGCGAUGACCGCUUCUACAUCCGUGGUGUCGACUACCAGCCCGGUGGUUCCUCCGACCUCGCCGACCCCAUCGCUGAUGCCAAGGGUUGCAAGCGCGACAUCGAGAACUUCAAGGAGCUCGGCCUGAACACCAUCCGUGUUUACUCCGUCGACAACUCCGCCGACCACGACGAGUGCAUGAACGCUCUCGCUGAAGCCGGUAUCUACCUUGUUCUCGAUGUCAACACCCCCGACUACUCUCUCAACCGCAAGGACCCCGAGAUCUCCUACAACGAUGUCUACCUCCAGUACAUCUUCUCCACCAUGGAGAAGUUCGCCAAGUACGACAACACUCUCGCCUUCUUCUCUGGUAACGAGGUUAUCAACGACGGCCCCUCCUCCAAGGCCGCCCCCUACGUCAAGGCCGUCACCCGUGACAUGCGCUCUUUCCUGCGCGGUAACAAGCUCCGUGAGGUCCCCGUCGGUUACUCCGCCGCUGAUGUCGAUACCAACCGUCUCGAGAUGGCUGAGUACAUGAACUGUGGUUCCGACGAUGAGCGCUCCGACUUCUUCGCUUUCAACGACUACUCUUGGUGCGAUCCCUCUUCCUUCGAGAAGUCCGGCUGGGACCAGAAGGUCAAGAACUUCACUGGAUACGGUCUUCCUCUCUUCCUCUCCGAGUACGGCUGCAACACCAACACCCGUAAGUGGGAGGAGGUCGAGGCUCUCUACUCCGAGAAGAUGACCCCUGUCUACUCCGGUGGUCUUGUUUACGAGUACUCUGAGGGUGGUAACGACUACGGCCUUGUCAAGAUCAGCGGUGACGACGUCAAGACCAACAAGGACUACGAUGCUCUCAAGACUGCCUUCAAGAAGACCGACAACCCCUCCGGUAACGGCAAGUACAACUCCACUGGUGGUGCUUCCGGCUGCCCCGUUCAGUCCAAGCCCAACUGGGAUGUCUCUUCCGAUGCUCUCCCCGCCAUCCCCUCCCCCGCCAAGAAGUACCUGACCCAGGGUGCUGGUAAGGCCGUCGGCUUCAGCGGUGAUGGCUCCCAGAACUCUGGUACCCGCUCUACCUCCACUGCCACCCAGGGCUCCGGUGACGUUGCUGCCGCUACCAGCGGUGGCUCCGCCGCCUCCAGCACUAGCUCCGAGGGUGCUGCUGCUGGCCUCAAGCCCAUGCAGUUCGGCUUCGCUCCCGCCGCCGUCGGACUUGUCUCCAUCAUGUCCGCCGUCUUCGGUGCUAGCUUCAUUCUCCUGUAA